GACUCGCCACGAAAUUUGUCUCGGAGCCGUCGCCAUGUUUAGGAGUGUGUACACGUCCUUGGCCGUGCGGUGUGACGAUGUAUCGUAAAAUAUUAGAUAUAUCUCAUUCGUCGUGUGUUACGUGAGGUACCCAAUUGCGAGUUGGCCCACGCGGAUCACGGGUGUGACGAUUAUUAUCACGGAUGGCACGUCUACGCCGUGGAAAUUUGUGAUUACUUUGUGCAUAACAUGCAAUGAGCGAUAAGCAAAGUACACCUAUCUUGCCACCCCUCAGCCGGGGUGCAAGCAACAAUGGAGGUGCGAGUAAUGGGGGUGCAUCUCAACAGACUGUCAGUUUGCAUCAGGUUCUCGCCACUGCUCAAGGCCUCAAUGUGCUCGCUAGUGGAAGCGGGCAACAGUUUGUCAUUACGACUCAGGUUCCUGGCCUCACACAGGUUAUCUCAAACAACUCGACGACUAACGCAAACGCGCAACAAGUCGGAGUCACGAGGAUCGUCAGUAUCGCGAACACCCAGUCGCGCAACGCCGCAACAGCGGUGGGUGGCGCGAUGCCGGCUAGCGUCAACGUCGUGGGCGCAUCGUCGCCGCAUCCAUCGCCCGCCCGGCAAAAUUCCACCAAGGUUGUGUUGGCGACGUCGCCGAAGCUUGUGCGUACCUCCAUAGGCAACGUGUUCGUAGCGCCUAUGACGUCGUCACAGGCAUCGUCGUCGUCGUCAUCGCAGGCUGCGUCAUCGUCAUCGUCGCAGGUGGUGCCGUCGUCGUCGCCGGUGAGAAAACGGCUGAAAAUGUUGGAAUCGAGCGAGAAGCCGCUCACCGGCGAGGACUUCGGCGGCUUGCGGAGGCGGGUGUUUGAGCACAAGAGGCGGCGGAUGCACACACUACGCGAGAAAUACAGCGAGAACGUAGCCGAAUUAUUCUUCUUGCACGCCGGCGGUAACAUGAUGGAUUACAUGACCUGGCGUAAGCGGCCGCCCACGUCGCAGUACCUGCACUUUCUGCGGCAGCAUCGUCUCGACCCGGAAGACGACGACGAGGACUUGACCGUGCCGUUACCGUCGGAAUUGCCGCAACUGUCGCCGGCUAACACCACCGCCAUCACCGCCACCGUUACCGCCACCAGCACUACUACCACCGCCACUACGACCACCACCGCCGCAGCCGUCGUCACCGCUACCACAACCACAGUUACCAGCACCACCGUCAUGACUACUGCCACGUCUAUCUCCAACGUAAUUCCUAUUCCAAAUCAGAGUCCUGCGGAGGUCAAGAUCUCCGGCGUGGGUGUUACACCGGUAGCGGUGUCCACUACCUUGCCCGCCGCAGUGGCGCAACUUAAUCAGCACGGACAAAUACCGGGUAGGCCUCAAGGUGGCCGCCAUGGCAUGGUGUUUGCCUUCCGAGCGGCAAUUCACCAGUCUUCACCGGCCACCGUUCACUCGUCAUCCGCUUCUACUACUCUAGCACCCACGCUCAUUAUAGGUGGCACGCCAUUAGUGACAGAUUCGUCAAAAUCUGUAACUACGGUCACUGCUGCGAGUCCUGCGGUGGAGAAAUCGUCGCCGAUGGCCGUCGUCGCGACCACUCCGAAGACGCCUGCGACGAUAACCGCGCUCAAUAGCCCGCAACCCAUCGUCAAGCUCAUCAAGUUGUCUACGUCCACUGCGGUAACUACAUCCUGUGAUAUCACAAAUAAUCAGGAACAAAUUGUGGAGAAGGCUAAGCAGGAGGCAUAUGUGAUGCAAAGAAUUGCCGAAUUGCAACGCGAAGGGUUAUGGUCGGAACGGCGGUUACCUAAGGUGCAAGAACCAGCACGUACUAAGGCACACUGGGACUAUCUAUUGGAGGAGAUGGUCUGGUUGGCUGCAGAUUUUGCCCAAGAACGCAAGUGGAAGAAAGCCGCGGCGAAGAAGUGCGCGCGCAUGGUACAGAAAUAUUUCCAGGAGAAAGCGAUUCAAGCGCAAAAAGCGGAAAAAUCGCAGGAGCUCAGACUGAAGAAAAUCGCCAGCUUCGUCGCCAAGGAAAUAAAAACCUUUUGGGCAAAUGUUGAAAAGCUGGUGGAGUACAAGCAGCAAACGAGGUUAGAGGAAAAGCGGAAGAAAGCGUUGGACCAACAUUUGAAUUUUAUCGUUGGUCAAACGGAGAAGUAUUCCACGUGGUUGACAGAAGGUCUUAAUAAGACCGAUGGUCCUCAAAGUAUUCCGGCUUCCAUAAAUAGUUCACGAAUUUCAUCGCCGGUGCCGCAAGGAAAAGGUCAUUCCGACGAGGAAUUCCAACCAAAUCAGAGUUCGGAUGAUGACGAGGAAACUAUAGCCAAGGCUGAGGAAGAGAUGAAAUUGAUUACCAAUCAUAAAGAGGAAGUGGAAUUAUUGAAAAGAGAAUCGGAAAUACCUUUAGAAGAUCUCCUGAGGGAACUUGGAGGAGAUUAUCUGGAAGAUCGCAACAAGAGCUUGUCGCCGCGAGACGCAACGAACGAGGCGGAACGAAAUGAAAACGAGGAAGCGACUGAUGGGGAUGUCGAUUUCAUCGCACUAUCGGGUGAAUCCUCUGACGAAGAAGACACCAUCAUGGAGGAAGAGAGACUUGAAGGAGAUGUCGAUCAUAAACGAGAACUUGAUGAGCUCAAGGCUGACAACGAAAUGUCUAUCGACGAACUCGCAGCCAAAUAUGCCAAUAUGUCUGAGGAGUUGAUAGACGUUGACGCAGAGAAUGAAGGUACAGAUAAAGAGAACAGUGAUAAGGAAACUGCAAGGGAGAAUGAGGAGCAAUCCAGCAGUAGUGAAAGCGAAUGCGAGGAGAGUGAUAACGAAAGCGGCGAUGAAGCUGCUCAGACUCAAAGCGACGCCGAAGAAGCAGACGUAGGUCUUCGAUCUCUUCUCGAAGACCCAUCCGGAGAACAACAGUCUGAGAACAAAGCUGCGGAAGCUGAUCAUUCGGACGCUCAUAAUGAAAUGGAUAAUGUUGCCGCAUUAGCCGAGAGUAUCCAGCCUAAAGGAAACACGUUACUUACAACCAGUGUUGUCACCAAAAUACCUUUUUUGCUGAAACAUUUGCUUCGCGAGUAUCAACAUAUAGGAUUGGACUGGCUCGUUACCAUGUAUGAUAGAAAGCUGAACGGUAUUCUGGCAGACGAGAUGGGUCUAGGUAAAACCAUACAGACUAUUGCGUUAUUAGCGCACUUGGCCUGUGAAAAAGGAAAUUGGGGACCACAUCUUAUCAUCGUUCCGACUUCCGUGAUGCUAAAUUGGGAAAUGGAAUGCAAAAAAUGGUGUCCCGGAUUCAAAAUACUGACGUAUUACGGCACACAGAAGGAGAGAAAACAAAAAAGAACAGGCUGGACAAAACCGAAUGCUUUCCAUAUAUGCAUAACGUCUUACAAGUUAGUCAUACAAGAUCACCAAAGUUUUAGACGGAAGAAAUGGAAGUACCUUAUCUUGGACGAGGCGCAGAAUAUUAAAAACUUUAAGUCGCAAAGAUGGCAAUUGUUGUUAAAUUUUCAAACGCAACGGAGGCUACUUCUUACUGGCACACCUCUUCAGAACAAUUUAAUGGAGCUGUGGUCGCUUAUGCACUUUCUCAUGCCUAACGUGUUUCAGUCUCAUCGAGAAUUCAAGGAGUGGUUCAGUAAUCCCGUUACGGGUAUGAUCGAGGGAAACAGUGAAUACAACGAGAAUAUUAUUCGUCGUCUGCAUAAGGUGUUACGGCCGUUUCUUUUGAGACGUUUAAAAACUGAAGUGGAGAAGCAAUUGCCGAAGAAAUAUGAGCACGUAGUGAUGUGUCGUUUGUCAAAACGUCAGAGAUUUUUGUACGAUGACUUUAUGUCGAGAGCCAAGACCAGAGAAACGCUCGCCAGCGGAAAUCUUCUGAGUGUGAUUAACGUACUGAUGCAACUACGGAAAGUGUGCAAUCAUCCGAACUUGUUCGAGGUACGACCCACCGUCUCACCGUUUCAGAUGGAGGCGCUCGAGUUUGUUACCGCCUCAUUAGUGUGGGCUGUCCUCGACUACGAUCCUUUCAAGCACAUCGAUCUGUCUAGCGUGAACCUUUUACUGUUAGAUUUGGAACUGACGCUCUGUGCAUUUGUUGCGCACAGAGUGAGACGAUUACAAACGCCGAGAAAACUUAUAGAGGAAAUAGAUAGCCAACCAGAACCGGCGCCACGUUGUCCAUCGGGCCGAAUUAAAAUUAACGUUAGAUUGUCAAAUCAGGCGAAACCGUCGGCUAUGCAACAACACACGCAGACCAAACUAAAGAAUUUGGCCGGUGUAUUACCCACGCCAAGAGUGGGUACGUCGCCCUUCGUAAAAUCGUUAAAUGCCAGUCAGACUGGUACAGGACAAGGAGUAACGCUCAGAGUCGCUGGGGGCCAACAAUUGCAAGGCUAUUCCGUGCAACUUGUACAGCAUCAGGGUAGUGUGAAAGCUAUUCCAGUGGCAACGUUGGCACACAAUCCGCAAAGCACUACCACUGUGACGUCGACCACCGCGGCGACGAACGCGCAAAGGAUCGCAGUGGGAAACGCCAACAUCAGAGAUGGCUUGCAGCGACUGACCGCUCAAACCGUCACGGUCAAACAAGGCGAUUCCGUCCAGAGGAUAGCGAUGCCCAGUUUCGCACAGUUGGUUCAAACCUCCACCGGUAGACAUAUCAUUCUAACGUCGAAUCAGCAGAACACGAAUGCAGUAAUGACACCAAGUGGGCCACGGCUUACGGUAUUGUCCAAAUCCUUGAUGGGCCUGUCCUCGUCAGGAACUGCUGUGAACAAAGUUGUCGGCAGUGUGGUGACUACUACAAGCGGUCGACCUGUCAUGAGGGUACCGCCUCUGAACGUUAGUCAUACUCCGCAGACACAGUCGUCGAGUGGAAAUGGCAGUCAACAACCGCAGCCGAUACGUAGUAUCGUGACUAGACAGGCUCAGAAAGAAGCCAAUAAGACACAGAGCAAAGAACAGCCCAAGUCUGAGUUCCACUUGCCACAAUUGGAAGAAGACAGACGGCAAAGACGGCAGGCUAAGUUAGGACUCAUAGCAAACAUCAACGAACGGAGAUGCGCGGCAUGUCCUCUUUACGGUGAAGACCUGUUCAUGGCGUUAAGAAUAGGCAAACCCGCUACGGCUUGUCCUUGGCACAAUGGCUGGAUGCACUGUACUACGGUCAAGCAAAGCGCACGGACUCGCCGAGAGUUCUUCUCUCGCACAGAGGCACUUGCGGAGGCUAUCAAGUCCACAGAGCGGAUCGUCGAGGAGCUUAAGGAAGUCUUUGAAAGAUUUGUGGUCCACGUGCCGGCGGUACGCGCGCCGGUACCUCGAUUCCAUGUGUCCCACCCGCCACCAUACAAGUUGUGGAGCGAACGUCGUCUACGAAUGGAAUUACAGCAUCAACUGUCACCGAAAUUCGCCCUGCUCCAUUCGAUGACAAGUCGUAUGCUAACGCAGUUCCCUGAUCCGAGAUUGAUCCAGUACGACUGCGGUAAAUUACAGUCGUUGGACCGUCUACUGAGGAAGCUCAAGUCUGAGAAUCAUCGGGUUCUCAUAUUUACACAGAUGACUAGAAUGUUGGACGUGCUAGAAGCUUUUCUCAAUUUCCACGGUCAUAUUUAUCUACGGCUAGACGGCACCACACGAGUGGAUCAACGUCAGGUUUUGAUGGAGCGAUUCAACGGCGAUAAGCGGAUAUUCUGCUUCAUCUUGUCGACGAGAUCUGGUGGUGUCGGCGUAAAUCUGACGGGAGCGGACACGGUAAUAUUCUACGACAGUGACUGGAACCCUACAAUGGAUGCCCAAGCACAAGAUAGAUGUCACAGAAUAGGACAAACGCGGGAUGUGCAUAUUUAUAGAUUAGUCAGUGAAAAGACUGUGGAAGAAAAUAUUCUGAAGAAGGCGAAUCAAAAACGGUUACUAGGAGAUCUCGCCAUCGAAGGCGGAAACUUCACCACAGCAUACUUCAAAAGUUCCACCAUUCAAGACCUUUUCAACAUCGACCAAACGGAGAAUGAUCCUUCGGCACGAAUGGCAGAGGUACUGGAACAGAGCCGAGACCGGGAGAAAGUCUACAACAAGGAUGCAGCAUCCUUCCAGACUGCGUCUUCCUCGUCAUCUCAGCAUACAGAAGAGAAAGUGGCUAUUGGCGCUCUCGAAAGUGCUCUCGCUGCCGUCGAGGAGGAUCUUGACGUUCAGGCAGCGAAGACAGCGAAAGCGGAAGCAGUCGCUGAUCUCGCAGAGUUUGACGAGAACAUUCCGCUGGACGACGCUGACAGGGAUGAUUCUCAAGUCAGCAAGGCGGAACAGGAAGUUCAACAUCUGGUUUCUCAGUUAACCCCGAUCGAACGGUACGCGAUGAGAUUCAUCGAGGAGUCCGAGGGGUCGUUUUCCACGGCGCAAUUGGCUGCCGCCGAGCGCGAAUUGGAGGAACAGAAGAAGGAAUGGGAGCUGGACAGGCUGCGGGCGUUGCGUGAGGAGGAAGAGCGACGUAUGCGACUGGCUGAUGAUGACGAGGAGAAGCCGCUGACGUUUGGCCGUGAGGACGCCCAAAAUCAGGUUAAUAGCACCGCUGCUAAUAAGAGUGGUCCCAAGCGAUUAGUUAAUAAGAGAUUACCGGUACCGAGUAGAAGAAGUUCGCGUAGACGCGGCGGCGGCGGUGGUGGUAGAAAUAGAACUAGUAAUAGGAGCGUGCGUGAAUCAUUAUCGCGGAGCGAGAGUGAGACCUCGACUAGUACCGAAUCGGAAUCGGAAUCAGAAUCGCAGGAGGAGGAAGAUGUGGUGGAAGAUAGCCUUGACGAGGAGUCGAGUCAUACAGAAAGUCAGAGUCAAGGUGACGAAGGCGAAGGAGAGGAGGAAGGUGACAAAGGUGAUGACGAAGCGGAAGAGGAAGAUGCUAGUGAAGAAAACGAAGAUAGUAGAGCGAACAGUAACGGUGGUAACGACACCGAGAGAGGAGAGGGUCUUCCGAGACGAAGAGGUCGUUUGGCCGGUGGUAAUUGUGGUCGCAAUCACUUCGAUCUAAAUAGUCCUCGUACUAGAUCCCGGGGCAACGUUAAGAUCAAUUUGUGGACCCUAGACGUUAGUCCUAUUUUGCCCGGUGUAAAGCCCAAUUGUCGUCGCCAACAACCACAGCGCAACACGAAAUUCCGCCGCGUUAAAUUCGGGGGUCGUCUCUCACCAUCUUUGACACCGUCGGUGGUCAUAACAAACGUUAAAAGAAGAACUCGGCUCAGUACGAACGCCAAGGCGAUCUUAAAUCAAAACGUAAAGACUGAGGUGGUAGAAGAAGAAAGAGAGUCGUCGAAGGACGAUUAUGAUUCUACGAAAAAUGAUCGAGACUCUUCGUCAAAGAAUGAUCGGGCUUCCUUGAAAAACGAUAAUGAUUCAACAAAGAACGAUCAAGCUUUAUCGAAGAAUAAUACAUCUGACAAUCGAAAUUCGAUGAAAAAUGAUCAGGAUUCGUCGAAGGACGAUGAUUUAUCGAGGGAUCAAGAUUCGAUAAAGCACGAUCCAAGUUUGUCUAAAUGCGAUCGUGAUUCUAAGAAAGACAAUCGAAGUUUGACAAAGAACAAUCAAGACUCGUUGAAAGACCGUGGUUCGUCGAAGGACGAUCGAGAUUCAUCGAAAGACGAUCGAGAUUCUUCAAAGAACAAUCGAAACUUGUCGAAAGACGAUCGAGACUCUACUACGUCUUCAAAAAGCGUAAAGGGGCACGUUGCUGACGUUGACACAGGACAACCUCUCAAUGAUCGCACAGAUCCGACCAUACCAAUACCAAUUGCUCAAACACAAGUGGAUCAGGUGAAAACGACGGAAUCAAAAUCGGAUAACGUAGAGCAAGGUGUUAAGGGAGAGAAAGAGAAAGAAAAAAGCAGCGAUAAGCUCAUUCGUAACAUUAAUCUAGUAUCGACGGUCUGUUCUGUUCAAAUGACGCGAUGCUCACAAAAGUUAACAUCCGCGACCUACAGGAAGCUUGGACCUGAAGUGAAUCGCAACGAGGAUGCGGAGAAUCUCGACGUGAACGUCAACACGAAGAACUCUCUGGCUUCACCGGGCAGCACGCAGUCGGAUGUAUCGCUGAAGCGCGCGAAGGAGACUACGGCAACGCGCGACAUCAAGUCCAUAGCCGAGAUCGUCGUGUCCGCAAAUUCUUUGUUCAAUAAUUCACGAGUCAAACUGAACUCUGCAGGUUCAAAGGAGUCUGAAAAAAACAAUGUUGAUUCAUCCGCGAAUCGUUCAGUUCCUCUCUUACGUUCUAAGACAUUGCAAAACGCAAGUCCUGACGUCUCGUCGUCGUCGUCAUCAUCAUCGAAUGAUAAAAUCGUUAAAACUACCGCGGUACUUCGUGUUUCUGUCGCGCAAAAGAAUUCUAAAUCCGGUAACGUGAAUACCGACGAUACUUCUUGCGUAAAUGACGAAAACAACGCGCGACGUGGCGACGAGGACGACGAUGACGAUAACGUUGAGCCGACGACACCCAUAACGCGAAAAUAUACUAGUCAAAAAUAUAAUAAUUCUAAAAGCGAGUCGGACUCGGAAAAGAAAACGGACGAUCCAGUGUCGAACUUGGUGUCUUCUGACUCUCCAGCUAUUACUUCGUCGAAGAACGAGUCUAACUCGAGCGAUCCAAAAUGCAAGAUACGAAAAGUUGUGAUAGACACGAGCAUGAUCUCGCGAGGCGUGACGACUCGCAGCUCGAAGCUCUCUCCGAUCGCCGGGGGAACCACCAGUCGCUCUGAAGAGGGUAACGUGCGGUUGACAGACGACAAGGUCGAUUCAGAGGCAAACAAGACUAGUUUACAGCAGGUCAAAGUAAAUCAGAGUACGCGAAAAAACGACACUUCAUCGUCUUCUGUUUCUUCUCCGCAGCAGCUCGUGACCGAACAGAGCAGAGUCACGCGAUCGACGACCUGUCGUUCGUUUACGCCGCCACUAGUUGGCGACACGCGAAACUCCCCCUCGCGAAUAACCAUCAUGAAACGUCGACCAGACACUCCGCUGCCUCGGCCGAUCACGAGAUCGGCAACGACUGUCGUUAGUUUCGGCUCCACGACAACGAUCGACGACGCGACAUCGGCUGUCAUUGCCGCCUCAUCAUCGUGUCGAGGUGAGAAGUAUGUAACCCGACAAAACUCAAAGUUGUCCUCGUGUCAGGACAACGGUUUCGUUAGUCCACCGCCGUUCAGACGCAGCAGAUCGAUACCGCCGAUGAAGCCGGACGUGAGCAAGGAAGCGACGACGGGGAUCGUUGCAGUGGAGCGAAGCCCGAUUGUUCACCUUAAACGUCGUCCGGACACUCCGAGACCAAUAAACGUUCCUACAAGCAACAACGAGCAGCCAGUUUCCAGAGUAACUCGUUCAGGCUUGAUGAAUUCCGUCGCGAAAGCAUCUACGUCUCCGUCGCCGUCCUGCCCCUCCACCACGCUACGAACAAGCGGUAAACAGCAACAAUCAUCUCGAGGUUCUCCGUCGCGCGAACCGAGCGCGAACGAGAAUACAGAGCAAGGCGCUAGGACACCUCCCUACGCGUUUGAAAAACCCCAACGAACGGCAAAGGUCGUCGCUAUCCUUACUCUGGACACGAGAAACAAUCACCAGCACCACAACAGCAAGGCUCCCUCUUCGAUCCAACUUAAAUCCGCCACUAACUGCGCUGGUGGCGCCAGUGGUGGUGGGAAUCCGGAAGCGAAAGUACAGGACAAGGAGGUCUUUGUAACGCGGUUGUCAGAAUCUCUGAAGGAACAAGAGGCCGAUAAUGAGGGUUACGACUCGUCUCCUGAUUCCAAGUCCAAGAGGCUGCGCCGAGAGACUAAACGUGCCAAGAACGCGUCGUGUCUUGACAACGAGGACGGACAGCUUGAUGGAGACGAUGAGCCACCGUUGAAGAGAGUCGCCGUCCGCACUUCGAGCCAUUGUUCUGCCGCUGCCACUUCCGCCCCCUCCACGCAAACUCAGACGCGUACUGAAAAACUGAGGAACACGACGAUAUCUUGAAUUUGGUUGUCAGAACACACGAUGGAGCAGAUGCCGAUGUGGUGUCCACCAACACCUCCCACGACGGAUAAUGACGUGUACAUCGACUAUUCUCUGGGAUUUCUCUACGAAAAUACUCCCAUGUCGGAGGCGCAGUUACCACCGAUCUACAUUAAGAAAGAACGGAAAAGAUGCAGAGUUGACGUUGGUAUCAGCGAAGACGGUUGUCGACCAUCAAAAAUACGACACAAAGACGAUUCCAUGCAUCCGCCAAAAUCGUUGUUCGAAAGACCAUUACCCAUGUUGAUGAAGAUACGUCGCGAAAUGAAGAUGCAUAAAUAUCGGACGAUGAUGCGUCCACCGGUGCCCAUGUUGGGCGUCAAAACUCCAUCAUCAUCAAAGACUUGUGAGUCGGAUCAACCAGUGGAGUGGAUGAUAAACGAGGAAUGGCUACUGCUACAAGCCAUUCAAGUGUAUCAGGCACAACCGGUGAACUUGAUAAUGGUGUCGCCUAGUUACGUACCCAAUUGGGAUCUCGUCUCCGACAUUGUCAACAAUGGUUCGCGAUUGUUCAGAUCAUUUAAGCAGUGCAGGAUGCGAUAUGAGGCCGUGGUGGAGCCACGUGAAGAGGGCAAGUUGCUCUACGACACCACGCCGAAGAAGCAGAAAAAGCAAAAGGGAAGCGUGUAUAAGACACCGCAAGUUACCGAGCAACAGAGCAAAGGUAACAGACCGUUGAGGACGUCACAGCUACAAAACCAGGAUAGGAACCAAUCGUUCACACAGAUGAACAUUCAGAAGUUCGAAAUCUUCAAAAAUGUGUCCAACAAACGUACACCGACCGUAAAGCCGAUGGUGGUGACACCAUCGAUGAAGAAUCCUAACAACGCGGCUGUAUUGGCCGAUUAUGGCAUACAAUACGACAAUCCUAAGACGUGUGAAGAGGUUGCUCAAAUUCGCAUUGAUAGACUCAACAAGGAGAAAUUGAAACAAGCUGUCCUGGACCCGUCGGAACGAAUGCAGCAUGUGGCGGCACGUCUGCUUCAGCAACAACAGAUGCAUCAGUUGAAGUUGCAACAGCAACAACAGCAACAGCAAACCCAACAGCAGACGGCCCAGCAGGUAGUGUCGAGCUCCGCAGGUAGUGCCACGUCUCAAGUUCAUCAAUUAGUGCAAUCGACGAUUACUGCGGUGGCCAACACCGGUGGCGUUACUAAGGUCGUGACCAGCAACGCGACAUCGAACAACGUUGCAACUGGUAGUAACCCAGUAGCUACUACUGUGAAGGCUCGACCAGGAACAGCAGGAGGAGGACAGCAGUCUAUACAAGACGCUAGAACGACAUCCGCGGUAGCGGUAGCAAGUAUCGGGAAUGUGCAAACUGCACAACGGAUCGCGACUGCCAGCUUGGUGUCUGCCGGUCAAAGUUCCGCGGCAACAGCAACAGCGGUGGCACAAAAGGUGGUAGGCGUCACACUAACUGCUACUCCUGGCACCAAAACAAUGACAACAGUUCAGUUACAAUACUACCGCCAGCAGCAAAUGUUGAUGCGACAGCAGCAACAUCUGAAGAUGCGUGAAGGGAUGAAUGUAUUACACGCGCAAGGAGGCAGUGGUCAAAAGGUUUCAGUCGCAGUAUCAGCUACCGCAGCGCAACAACGAGCGGCAGCGGCCACUUUAAUGAAACAAGGUAUCGCUGUAGGAGGAUCCGUCGCGCAAACUGCUGUAGGUAAACAGGCUGUAGCAAGAACUGUGUCCGAAACGGAGAUGGCUGCAUUGAUCAAACGUCAGGCGCUGCAACAGCAAGCAAAGGCGGCUGCAGCAGCUGCGGCAGCGGUUGCACAGGUACCUGCCCAAACAGGACUGUCACCAGCACAUAUUUUCGCGCAAGCGGGUUUACAAGUGCAACAAGCGGGCACUUCAACAAGCGGUACUCCAGUAGCCACCUUGGUGAAGACUACUAACGUAGCUGGUGUACGCACCGCAACACCUCAACAAAUUCGUCAACUCGCGCUACAUCCACAACUCCUCGCUCAACGGAAGCUACCGACGCAGAAAGUCGCUCAAUUGGCUCAGGUAACUGGUAAAAGUGGCGUACAAACGCAGCUAAUUGUGCAACAAAAAUCCUUGGCCGCGGCCAUGACGGUGCAGCAAAUUCAACAGGUGAUGAAGCACGUACAGCCUUCUACGAUGCAACAGUUCGCUCAUGUUUCGGCGGGUCAGGCAGUGUCUCAGGCCAGCCAAGUGGUAUUAGCUAAAUCUCCGUUGCAGACACGCGUAAUACCUGUCGCGUCCGGUGCUCUAAAGCAAACCAUUCAGGUCGUGACUGCUAGCAACGCUCAGCUAAGACAGGCCACACCUAUCCAGGGAAAACCUUUGACAAGUAGUACUGUCAGACGUAGUCCUGGUCCGGGUCCAUCACCGGGUCAAUCACCGAUCCCGAGUUCUUCGACUACCGGCACUGCCGCUAGCUCCGGGUCAACCAACAGUCCAGGAACUAGUUCUGCUUCCACUUCGAACAUGUCUUCAACUGCAUCUGCACUUGGUCAAGUGAGACUGCAGGGCAUUACGCACUCGCAGCAACAGCCGCAACAACAGCAGCAGCAGCAACAAGCUCAGCAAGACACUCAACCGAAAUAGUUUUCUUGUCUUACGAACGAAACAUAUGAAUUGAAUCGGGAAAUGCGAUAGGUCCUACGUGUUCAGAGAACUGGGCUUAAUUUAUUACAGGGCUCGAAACAGUUUGCCAAUUUCAGCCGAUUCUCGGGAGCUACGCCUUCUAUUUUCCUCUUGCCACGAGCGGACCAUAAAAGUGACGGUCAAGCUUCCAAGCUAGACUGGCCGCGACCGUCACUUUUGUGGCCCGCCGCGCGGUAAGGGGGAGAUAGAAGGCGCAGCUCCCGAGAAUCGGCCGAAAUUGGCAAACUAUUCCGAGCCCUGAAUUAUUAGUUCAUUAUAUCUAACACACAAACAUUAGUUGUACCAUCAAUAUUUAAUAUAUUAACAUAGUAGAAUGUUAAUAUACUAAUACUUAUUGUAUAUAUGUACAUACAUGUUAUAUAACAUAUGUGUAGGUAUAUGUAUGUAUGUGUACAUACACUAAUAUAACAUGUUAUGUAGCCUGCAUGUACAUUAUAUAUCUGUGUAUAUAAAUAUAACACUUUACGUUUCUAUCUAAUAUUGACUGAGGUAUUCUGGAUUGAAAGAGAUCAGAGACAAAUAUCGGCAAAAGUGAAAUUUUGUUUAAUUGGGAUAUUCUAGUCACUGGUGAAGGAAACAUUUUAUUGAAAAGAAAAUAUUGUUUUACUGAAAGUAUGUAUUAGCUUAGGUACGCAGGUUUCUCAAAGUUUUCCGAUUCAAUUCGAUCUUUUAAACGCGCUAUUCAUUUUUCCUUUUUUUUCAAAGUCACUGAUAAUUCUACUGAUAAUUCUAAUGUGCGACGUUAAAAUUUGACGUAACAAUAGUAUAAUGUACAUCCGAAGUGUAAAGCAUUCCAAGGUUUUGCUGCGAUCGAUCAAUUUUAUUUCGACGUUACGAUUCAUAUUUAGACACAAGAAUAAUUAUUCGUUUGACAGAUCGGCAUUAUCCGUUUAGUUUGUACGUGAUAAUUUUGUUCUCAUGUGCCUCGAUAUAAUUACAAAAGAUAUUAAUAACAAACGCUUUAACAUUUCUAAAACAAAAGUUAGAGCUCUUGACAAGAUAGUGCAAUGUGGUGAGAGAACAAUCGUUUUAUCUAAGAUAUUUCGCUUAUGUUUAUAAGUAAUUCGAGAAACAUACAGAUGCUAUCUUAUUUGAAUGUUUAGGUCUCCUGGCCUUUCGCCAAGACCAUUUUGAUUUAUAAUAGAAGUGAAGAAAUGCAUGGCCAAAAUUCCUACAAAGUAUGUUGAGGUGAAAAGAUAUAUUAAAAAAGUGACACUUGCAAUCAAUUAAGCAUACUUCUAAAAUAAUACUCCCCAACACUUUCUUUUUACUCUAAUAAUCAAUAAACAACAAUAAAGUUAACAAGUGACAAGAUAAUAAGAAAAUAUAGGUUAAAAAGGAAAGAAGACAUGUCAUGUUAAUUUAUAGUUAUUUAUUGAUUGUUAGAGCAAAAUGUUCGGAGUAUCUUAGAAGUGCUUAAUCGAUUGCAAGUGUUAUUUUUAUAUAUAUCUUUUUAUUUUGACGUACUUUGCAGGAAUUUUGGAUAUGCAUUUUCUCGUUUCUUAUUAAAUAAAAAUUCCGCGAUGAGGUGCCGGAAACCUUAAUCUUGUGCACUGUUGUUUUUAAUUGAGAAGAUAUUUCAACUUAAAUUAACAAAAUACAAUCGUUAGAUUCAAGUUUCGUUUGAACGCGUUAUAUUACAUACACCAUUUCAUCAUUGUAUCUUCUGUCUGUCUUUCUUUCGGGGCACCUUGUAUUGUGCGUGUAUGUACACAGUUGUAUGUAUAUAUGUAUGUAUAAUUUGCGUAUUAUAAGUGCUGAAAUAAAUCUCUAUGAAGAGGAA